AGCCCAGUGCACAGGAAGCUGGUGACCAGGAAGCAGAAGAGCCCCUGGCUGCGGCUGGGGCUUAGGGACGGGCGCGGGCUGCACCUGAACCCAGCUGUCCAAACAGCACUGCCCCCCUUGUCUGCGGCCCUUAUGGGGGUGGGGAAGUGAGGCCUCCUCCUCCCGCCCGCUGCCCCUCACAGGCCCCCCGGGAGCGGGAGGAGGCAGCAGCAGGAGCCUGAGUGUGCGGGUCCCCGGUGCAGCCAGCCGGGUUGGCGCUAAGCCUGUUACGGGGAGAGACUGGCAUGAGCCUCCCCAGCCGGGCGGCGGCUGCUGCUGCUGCUGCUGCUGCUGCGGGCGGCCUGGCGCUGCGCGGAGACUAAGGCGGGAGCGGACACGCUGAGGCGGAGAAGCCCUCGCCCCGCCGGGAACAAUGGGGAACUGCCUGAAGUCCCCCACCUCGGAUGACAUCUCCCUGCUGCACGAGUCCCAGUCGGACAGAGCCAGCUACGGGGAUGGGACCGAACCGGAUCAGGAGCCGCCGCCGCCAUAUCAGGAACAGGUUCCAGUUCCUGUUUAUCACCCAACUCCUAGCCAGACUCGGCUAGCAACACAGCUGACAGAAGAGGAACAAAUUAGAAUAGCGCAAAGGAUAGGCCUUAUACAGCACCUGCCUAAAGGAGUCUACGAUCCUGGACGAGAUGGCUCUGAGAAGAAGAUUAGAGAAUGUGUGAUCUGUAUGAUGGACUUUGUUUACGGGGACCCUAUCCGAUUUCUGCCAUGCAUGCACAUUUACCACCUGGACUGUAUAGAUGAUUGGUUGAUGAGAUCCUUUACGUGCCCCUCCUGCAUGGAGCCAGUUGAUGCAGCACUGCUUUCAUCAUAUGAAACUAACUAAGCCAGAGUUUUGCCUCUGACCCGUCAAGGAAACCAUCCAUUUUAAUGGGUUUGAUCCUUUGUCAUUCAGCCCAAAGAGCCAGGGAUUAGGAAUUAAGAUCAUGCACAAAAAGUACAUUUCCUAACAAUUCCUGAAUGGCUGCAGAUAUUGGAAAAACACAUAAUAUUUUAGGGAAUAUAGAAAAAGUAGGAAGUUAUUUUAUGUAAAGCCUUGACCCAGUGUUUAAAAACAUAGUUGUCCUUUAACACCUGUUCUUACACACAUACAUAGGAAUUGUAUAAAGUGCUAUAAAAACUGUAAAUGUUCAAAUUGAGUCCAUCAGAUUUUCUUAGAAGCAAGAUAAGGAUAUUUUUUCCUAAAAUAAAGUAACAAUUUUUGUUCUGAUUCCUUUCACAAGUUCCUGGUAUUUGGGUCAAGGCUUUAUUAAAAGCUAUAUUUUAUAACACUGGCACAAAGAAAUAGUUUUAAGCUUGUUUGCACAGUUUUUUUUUUUCCAUUGGAAAUGGAAUCCAUUGCCUUAGGUCUUUUUAAAUAGUGUAUUGUUAUCGUUGGGCUGGCUCUACGCUUGAAAUCCAGUUUAUUUAUAAUCUGUUAAAAGUGCUAUAUUUUGUUUGCAGUUAGGAUUAUGCAGAAUUCAAAGUGAUCUCCUAGCCUGUAAGCAAAUGGAGAUGCACUGUCCCUUUUCUAUAAGUGACGAUUCAAUGCAAGGAUGCAAAACAAAUCUGACCGUUAAAUUUUGUUUUACCCUUUUCUGUUUGUUUUUCCUUAAUUUGCUUCAGUUUUGAUCAGACAAUGAUGCUUAAGUUUAAGUAUCAACAUUUUUGAUGUAUCAUGUUACAAGUGGACCACUGCUUCAGGACAAGAUGAAAGUGGAGCCAUGGUGAUUAAACUAUUCAGAACCAUUUAUUUCCCUUCUUACAAAAUUCAUGUCAGUGUUGAUUACUUCUCCUGCUGUACCUCUACCCCCAAAUGUCUUACACCAUAGCAAAAGAGUACUGCAUCUCUCCUUCCUGUAGUUCUUCUUAGGUUAUUGAAAUUAAAAAUAAACAUACCAUAUCUCA